GUGUUGCACAUAACACCACAGUUGAAAAUGAGUUGGAGUUAUGUUGGUUUCCGCCUCAUUGAUAUUGUGUGGUUAGUUUUGUCUUUAUCGUUCUUUGUGGCACUCGGAGCUCACGUAAUCUUAAAACGUUUGCCCGCAAAAUACGAAACAUGUCGUCUUUACGUGUUGUUCCAGGAUCUGGUUCGAUAUGGAAAGACAAAGCAGAAUCUCAAACGCGACGACUGGAUGUCUGUGUUUGACGUCCCAAAGAGGUGGUUCUGGCACUUUUACGCCACUUCCGUUGUUUGGAAUGGUGGUCUUCUGUUGGCAUUCAGCAUGAACAUCAUUUUACGGCAACAGUUAUGUCCACAAUGGCUCACGAGCUUAACAAAUCUUCUAUCUGGAUCAAGGGACAUAGGAAAUGAAGCUCCUCAUCUUAGCACAGUCCUGGUACAGCUGCUACUGUGGUUGCAUUCUCUCAGGAGGCUUCUGGAGUGUCUCUAUGUCAGCAUCUUCUCUGAUGGCGUCAUCCAUGUGGUGCAGUACAUCUUCGGACUGGGCUACUACGUCCUGCUGGGGGUGACUGUGCUCUGCUCAGACCGCCUAUUUAAAGGGAAUGGAACUCUCUUAUCCCAGUUGGAGUGGUUUCACUGUGCAGGAAUUGUGCUUUUUAUUCUGGCUUCUGCACUGCAGCAUCAAUCCAUGGUCCUUCUCGCUGGACUCCGCACUGGAAAGUCAGGAAAGGUGGAGACGUUGGCUCACAGGCUGCCACAGGGGGGCUGCUUUGAGCUGGUUUCAUGCCCUCAUUACUUAGCAGAGUUGCUCAUCUACGGCUCCCUGUGUUUAGUUUUGGGAGGGCAGUCUCUCACCUGGUGGCUUGUGGUCCUAUAUGUGCUCUUCAACCAGGCGCUGGCCGCCCUGCUUUGUCAUGAUCUCUACGUCAGCAAAUACAAGUCCUAUCCUAGGCAGAGAAAAGCUUUUAUACCUUUUGUGAUGUAAACUCCAUCCAUCCAUUUUCUGUACUGCUCAUCCUCAUGAGGGUCGCAGACAUGCUGGAGCCUAUCCCAGCUGUCUUCAAGCAAGAGGCAGGGUACGCACUGGACUGGUCGCCAGCCAAUCACAGGGCACAUAUAGGCAAACAACCAUUCACACUCACAUUCAUGCCGAUGGACAAUUUGGAGUUGCCAAUUAACCUAACAUGUUUUUUUGAUAAUAAAUAGAUAUGCCUAUUGUA